AUGUCUCACUCCAACCGUUCGCAGUGGAACUUUGGAAAUGCAGUUCCCGGCCGGAGAAACAACACAACUCGGAAAAAGAAAAAGCGAAAGAUCGAAUGGCUGUGCGGCAUCGGUAGACAGAUGGGUUGGUCGUGCAUGUUGGUACCUACAGGCUGGUUCAUACGUGCGUCGCUGAUCUUGGAGGGUACGGACUGUCUGCUGAUAGGAAAUUCCGAAAAACUUGAAUUUGGAUUGGCGAUGCCACGAUCGUACGGCGCUUCUUGCUGGAGGCUCAUUAGCACCCCAAAAGUGGAUGGCGAGACAAAGAGGGGUCGAAUGGGUAUCCAGUACGGAGUAGUUGGAGUUGAACUGCGGCCGGCAAAAGGUGGGAGCCAGCAGAUCAUGCGAUCGUGGAAGUGUUUCUCACCCCCUCCCCUCCCUUCCUUCCUUCGCUUCCCUACUCAUCCCGACAAGGUAGCAGUGCUAACUUGUUUUAAGGUGUUACCUCAACCAUGUGGCCGGCUACCCACCUCGAACGGCUCCCAUCUCGGCCACAUGCGGAAUCCUAGCAGGAUCAAUAAAAGUGCCACAGCACCCUCUCCGAUGCUGGUGAUGGGAUGCAGGCGUAUCGCCGGGUGCUCCCAGACUACUAGGAGCCUGCGUGGUCCCCCGGGCCAGGAGGGAGUAAAUCCCCCAACGACAGCUGGCUGCGGCGGACAUCGAAGCGCUGGACUGUGCACAGUUCUCUCCCUGUCUCCGCACGACAUCCACGAGGGGAUCAGGCACCGUGAAGAGCGGAAAAGAUCCCAGGCGCUUCGGAUGGCGGUCGCCGAGAACGGGCCCCAUAAUUCAAUGACGCUGUUGCCGGCCUGCCAACCAACCAGUCCAAGUGUCAACCGCCAGUGCCCAUGGCUUUCCUCCGGUGGAGCAAGGCAGCGAAGCUAA